AGGGGUGAGAGAAAUAACAGAAUCGUGAUGAUUUAAAAAGGCGGUGUUGACAAGAAACCCCUUGACACUCCCAGAAUCCUCUUUCAGAAGUCACUUCUCUCCACUCUCCAGGUCUACCUUGCUAACGUACGCCGGUCGUUGGUACACUGCGCACCCCAACAUACAUACACUCAUAUGUAUCAUCAUCUAUAACCUCAACCAGAUUAUUAUUAUCUUUAAUUUCUUAUUCCACACAAACAAACUUUAUGUAAAAACCAAUCUAGGGUUUCAAACCGUUACAUACUGAUUUGAAAGUUUCGUAAUUUUUAAAUUUCGAAUCGUAUAUUAAACAAAACAAAUAGUGAUGAUGAACGGGGGAGGAUUCCGGUCAGGUAAUACGACGUCGUCUUCGGUGUGUAAUAUGAGCGAGAUCUGGCGGUAUCCGGUGAGUCAUGGGAAUGGCAAUGCGGCGUCGUUUGGUAUGGGGGAUAAUAACAAUAGUAAUGACGGUGGUGUGUUUAUGGAUGAUGAUCCGAUGGGGGUGAGUAAGAAGCGGCGUGAAGAUGAUGAUUUGUCGACUAGCAGCCGGAGUAAUAAUACAAUGCUCGACGGUGAUGGCAAACGCUUGAAGACUUUGGCCCUUGAAAACGAGAACUCGGAAAUUAAACCAGAAGAUGAAAGAAGUACCGGCAAGAUAGCGGAAAACAGUGCGAAACCGACCGAACCGCCUAAACAAGAUUACAUUCACGUUCGCGCAAGAAGAGGUCAAGCCACUGAUAGCCACAGUCUAGCAGAAAGAGCUAGAAGAGAGAAGAUAAGUGAAAGGAUGAAAAUACUUCAAGAUAUUGUCCCCGGAUGUAAUAAGGUUAUUGGAAAAGCACUGGUCCUUGAUGAGAUAAUUAAUUACAUUCAAUCGCUACAACAACAGGUCGAGUUUUUAUCAAUGAAGCUUGAAGCUGUCACUUCAAGAUCGCAACCAAGUCCUCAAGGAUUUCCUUCAAAAGAUUUUGGUCAACAAUCAUUCGACAUGGCUGGGGUGCCGUUUGCUUCACAACCCACAAGGGAAUACAGUAACGGAUCAUCACCAGAAUGGUUGCACAUGCAAAUCGGUGGCAGCUUUGAAAGAACAACAUGAAAUAGGCACACUUUGGUAAUCUACAUGGAGCUAAUGAUCAAGAAACUACUGGAAAGAGAAGGCUAUAUAUUUGUUUCAACUAUAUAUAUAUAUAUGUAUCUCCGUUUUGUUAGUUUUGCAAUAUGCAUGCAUGUAUGUACUAUUCUUGCUCAUACGUCUCUUAAGAGUCAUACGCCCUUUUACCCGCAAACAACCUGAUGAAAUUGUUUGUCCGCUUAGAAAAAAUGAAAAAAACCAGAAGCAUAAUGUGUAUUGAAACAAUUUCGGGAUCAAAUAAUUUGAGUUCAUUUUACUCGUAAUCAAACUAUCAAUAUAUCUUGUGUUUU